UUUAUUAUCCUCAUCCUUCAUAAACCCUCGUCUCUUUCUCUCUCUGCAACUCUCAUCGUUUCAACAAUGGCGCAAACCCUAGCCCGAGCCAUGGCCUCCUUCACGGCUCGCCGCCCUACUCGCUCUCUUCUCCUCCCGAAGCGCCUCCUCUCCACGAAGCCUCCUUCCGUCCCGUCUCUCAUCCUCGGCCGCCGAACCCUAGCCCCUUUCUCACGCGUCGCCGCGGUCCUCCCUCGGUUCGCGACGAUCCGGUGCCAGACCAACCGCUCCGGCAACUAUUCGCCCCUCAACUCCGGCUCCAACUUCAGCGACCGUCCGCCGACCGAGAUGGCCCCGCUCUUCCCCGGCUGCGACUACGAGCACUGGCUCAUCGUCAUGGACAAGCCCGGCGGCGAGGGCGCCACCAAGCAGCAGAUGAUCGAUUGCUACAUUCAGACCCUCGAGAAGGUUGUCGGAAGCGAGGAGGAGGCUAAGAAGAAGAUUUACAAUGUGUCGUGUGAGAGAUACUUUGGAUUUGGUUGCGAGAUUGAUGAGGAGACUUCGCAGAAGCUCGAAGGAGUGCCUGGUGUUCUGUUUGUGCUUCCUGAUUCUUAUGUUGACCCAGAAAACAAAGACUAUGGUGCUGAGUUGUUCGUGAAUGGAGAAAUUGUUCAAAGAUCGCCGGAAAGGCAGAGGAGGGUGGAGCCUCAACCGCAGAGAGCUCAGGACAGACCGAGAUACAAUGAUAGAACCCGUUACGUGCGUCGUAGGGAAAACAUUCAGUAAGCAAAAACAAAUAGGAAACUAGCCUUGUAUAGAUAUCAUGGAAACAAAAAGAUGUUCUAGUUUCCUUUGUUUCAGGUGCUUGAAGAUAAAGUGAUUAUUAUCUAGGCUAUCUUAUGAACUUGUAAGCAUGAAAUCUGUUGGUUUUCAUUUGUCAUCUGCUAUGUAGUUGGUACUGUUUUGGAAGUCUUAUGUUCCCACAAAUUGGUAUCAUUAUUCGUUGUGUUAAAA